UCUCCCUCGUCCCCAACCCGCGCACUGCCCCCGCUCUCUCUACACACCCAAAAGAUAAGCCGAGUCCACGAGAUCUCCCGUAGACCAAAGACGACGAGUUAGAGGGGAAGGAAGGAGACACAGCCACCCGAUCCUAGCCAUGAUGAUGAUGGGCGAGGGAGUGAGCGUGCCGCCGUGGACCCACCACGUCCCCGUGAGCGGCGUCGACGUCGGCGGCGGCGACGAGAUGACGCCGUACCUGCUCGCGGCGCUGCGCCAGUACCUGCCGUGCAACGACGCCGCCGCUGGCGCCGAGGCGGACGACGAGGACGCGGCCGCCAUGGCCGCGGGCGUCGACGGCUACGGCUGCGACGAGUUCCGCAUGUACGAGUUCAAGGUCCGCCGUUGCGCCCGCGCGCGCAGCCACGACUGGACCGAGUGCCCCUUCGCGCACCCGGGGGAGAAGGCCCGCCGCCGCGACCCGCGCAAGUACCACUACUCCGGCACCGCCUGCCCGGACUUCCGCAAGGGCGGGUGCAAGCGCGGCGACAACUGCGACUUCGCGCACGGCGUCUUCGAGUGCUGGCUCCACCCGGCGCGCUACCGCACCCAGCCCUGCAAGGACGGCACCGCCUGCCGCCGCCGGGUCUGCUUCUUCGCCCACACCCCGGACCAGCUGCGGGUGCUGCCCACCACGCAGCAUCAGCAGUCCAGCCCCCGCGGCGCCGCGGCGUGCUCCCCGCUCGCCGACUCCUACGACGGCUCCCCGCUGCGGCGCCAGGCGGUCGAGAGCUUCCGCACCAAGAGCAUCAUGUCCUCGUCGCCGACCAGCACCCUCAUGUCGCCGCCCAAGUCGCCGCCGUCGGAGUCCCCGCCAUUGUCGCCGGACGGGGCCGCCGCGUUCCGCCGCGGGUCCUGGCCGGGCGUGGGGUCCCCCGUCAACGACGUGCUCGCCACACUCCGCCAGCUCCGCCUCAGCAAGGCGAACUCGUCCCCGUCGGGCGGGUGGGGCGGCUACCCGGCAUCCGCGGUCGGCUACGCAUCGCCCACGGCGGGUGGGUUCUACAGCCUGCCAACCACGCCGACAACCCUGGCCACCGCCUCCGGCUACAUGGCCAACAUGGAGCCGCUUGACGUCAGCUUCUGCGGCGACGAGGAGCCUGUGGAGAGGGUGGAGUCCGGGCGGGCCCUCCGCACCAAGGUGUUCGAGCGGCUCAGCAGGGAUGGCGCUGUUUCCGGCGACGCCACCGCCGGAAUCAGUGGCCCUGACGUCGGGUGGGUCUCCGACCUCAUCAACUGAGGCGGCUGCCGGUCGUUCUUGCUUCAAUGGCAAUGUCAUUGGGGGCAUGGAGGUGAAAGGCGGUGGUAAGCCGUAACAGAGAAGGAUGGCAUCAAGAAAAAAAAUGGUUCCCUGUUUAGCUUUUGUUGCUUCCAGUUAAUUCCGCUAAUCCCCUGUACAUAUCUAUCGCGCUGUGAAUUUUCUCCGGUUGGUUGGUAGACGGAGGAUGCUAGGUGGUGGUGGUGGAAGGUGGGGUGGAUCCGUUUUGGGGUUCUUGAGGUAGCGGAAAAUAUCCGUUCAAGAAAAUAGAAAAAAAAAAUGUAGAUGUAGUAGCCGGCGGAGGUGGUGGUUUGUGUCCUCUUCUGGGCAUAGGGUGUUGGAGGAAGGCGAAGCAUGGCGGUGGCUGGUGGUGACGACGAAGAAGACUGCCGGAUUUGCCGCGCGCACGGCGGCCGCUGCUUGGUGAUUUCUGUGAUUACGGAGCGUGCAUGCUAGUUUGAUGUUGUGUCAAGUUGAUCGUUUGUGCAUUAGUAGGCAUCGGCUAGAUGGCGAUUGCAACCUGCUUGUGGAUUACUACCCCCAUUUUGUUAAUGUAAUCUGUUUUAUCAAGACCCAGCAAGCAUUCCCUACAGCAUAUUUUGUACUUAAUAUUGUAGUAGUAGUAGGUGCUGAAAUCUCAUUCACCCGCUAUUGGAGGUGAAUUUCCCAUGUAAUCUUUUGCUCAAGUAAAUGGUUUAAUGAAAUCUAUGUCUAUUAUUAAUAUCG